GUGGCUGUCAAUGCACACAUCCCUCCUGAUUAUCUGCUUAGGAUCUGUGAGAGGCUUGGACCCCUCUUGGACAAGGAGAUCCCCCAGAGUGUCCUAGGGGUGCAGACUUUGCUGGGGGUUGGGCGUCAGUCUCUGCUGAGAGCAGCAAAAGAUUUCAGACACACACUAUGGAAAGGAUCUGCAUUUGCAGCUCUGCACAGGGGUCGACCCCCCGAACUCCCCGUGAAUUAUGGGAAGCCACCAAACGUGGUUCAUAUCCUUUCUGCCAGACAAUUAACUGGAUGUGGCCGUUUCAGCCACUUGUUCCCAACUUCCACCUACCAACACAUGAAGAUGCACAAGAGGAUUUUGGGGCAUCUCUCAUCUGUGUAUUGCAUAGCCUUCGACCGCAGUGGGAGGAGGAUUUUUACAGGGUCAGAUGAUUGUUUGGUGAAGAUCUGGGCCACGGAUGACGGGCGCCUGCUGUCCACGCUGCGAGGGCACUCGGCCGAGAUCUCGGACAUGGCUGUCAACUACGAGAACACUCUGCUGGCUGCAGGCAGCUGUGACAAGGUGGUCAGAGUCUGGUGCCUCAGGACCUGUGCCCCAGUUGCAGUGCUGCAGGGCCAUUCAGCUUCCAUUACUUCCAUACAGUUCUCUCCAGCAAGGAAAGGCACAACACGAUACCUCACAUCCACGGGCGCCGACGGAACAAUCUGCUUCUGGCAGUGGCAUGCAAACACCAUGAAAUUCAAGGAUCGUCCUGUGAAGUUUGCAGAGAGGUCCAGGCCUGGUGUCCAGAUCUCCUGCUCAUCUUUCAGCUCUGGUGGUAUGUUCAUUGCAACAGGUAGCACUGACCACGUGAUAAGGAUUUAUUACUUGGGCUCAGAAUCCCCAGAGAAAAUGGCAGAGUUGGAAUCUCACACGGACAAAGUGGUUGCAGUCCAGUUCUGUAACAAUGGUGACAGCCUAAGAUUUGUCAGUGGAAGCAGAGAUGGAACAGCAAGAAUCUGGCACUACCAUCAGCACGACUGGAAGAGUGUGGUCCUGGAUAUGGCUACCAAAAUGACAGGGAACAAUGUGGCCUGUGGGGAGGACAAGGUGACUAAGCUGAAGGUUACCAUGGUGGCUUGGGAUCGCUAUGAUGCCACUGUCAUCACUGCAGUCAACAAUUUCCUUCUCAAAGUGUGGAACUCAUCCACAGGGCAGCUCCUCCACAGCUUAUCUGGCCAUGACGAUGAGGUGUUUGUUCUGGAGGCUCAUCCCUUUGACCAAAGGAUUGUGCUUUCAGCAGGUCAUGAUGGAAACAUUUUUGUUUGGGAUAUAGACAAAGGAGCAAAGAUUCGCAAUUACUUCAACAUGAUCGAGGGCCAAGGCCAUGGAGCUGUUUUUGAUUGCAAGUUCUCACCAGAUGGACAACAUUUUGCCUGCACAGACUCUCAUGGACAUCUGCUACUAUUUGGGUUUGGAUGCAAUAAAUAUUAUGAAAAGAUUCCAGAUCAGAUGUUCUUCCACACGGAUUACCGACCCCUGAUUCGUGAUGCCAACAACUAUGUGCUGGAUGAGCAGACCCAACAGGCUCCACACCUUAUGCCUCCUCCAUUCUUGGUGGAUGUUGAUGGGAAUCCUCAUCCCACCAGAUUCCAGAGGCUGGUCCCAGGGAGGGAAAACUGCAAGGAUGAACAGCUUAUUCCUCAGCUGGGAUAUGUAGCUAAUG